AUGCUUGUUCCGCGCAGUCGAAAGCCUCGUCAACACACAGCCAAAGAGCCCGCCGACCGCCGCGGGGGGGGGGAGGCAGGCGGCAAAGCGGCUCCUGCAGGCGCUGGUGCUCUCCGCGCGGCGUCAGCUGCUGAGGGCUCCCCAGCGGAUGCGGCCGCAGCGGGCAAGGCGCAGGCAGCGGAAGAGGCAGGCGAACCCUGCGUGGACCGACAGACCUUGACAGACGAGGGCAGCCACUGGCUAGCACAGCGUGCGCGGCGGAGGGCGCAGGCGCUCUCUGGUGAGGCCAGUCUCGCCUCAGCAGGCGGCGAGCCCGCCGUGCAGCAAGGCCCCGAAGGCGGACUCGCGAGGAAACCAGUCACCGUGGUGUUCGCUCACGCUGCAUCCCUGGAAGAGACGAGUCCGUCGUCUGCCUCCUCGUCGUUUGCGCUCUUCCUCCGCAGCCUCCUCCCGAGGCUUUUCCUGCUCCCGGCAGACGCCUCGUCUGCAGGCGCCGCCCCACAGAGGCCCCCGGCUGUCUCCUCCAAACCGGCUCCGGCCCCGCUGCUGUCUCCGACGCAGCACCGGCACCUGCCCUUCGACUUGGUAUCGGUCGACGUCUCCGCCGAGCCGCAUCUGAGCAGUUACCUCGCUCUGUCUUCUGUCCCUUCGCUCGUGUGCUUCUACGAUACGAAGACCUACGCGGUCCUGACGCCUGGAGCAUCCGAUGCUGCGCUUCUUCGGUUCCUGAGAGAGGCUGCAGAUAUCGCGGAGGCGAGUCCGGCCUCGCCAGCAGAGACGACCCCCUCUGCGCGCGUGGCGCCGACUGCAGUCGCCGAGGCUGUGCGUGAAGCGCGCGCGGAGGCGGCGCAGGCGGCGAGCGUCCCUCAAAGGGAACGCGCCGCCGCGGCUGGCGUCUCCGCCUGGAUCUCUAGAAAGAUCUCCGAGACCGACGCAGCCGCGCUCGUGGGCGCCUGGGCAGAGAGGAAGCGCACCCAGUCUUUGCUGGCGCGGUUAAAAACAGCCAUGCGGAGGCGGCAGGCGACGGAAGUCAGAAAGCUCAGAGACGAGCUCGCGGCGGACGACCGGCCUGAGGAGCUGGAGCUCUCCCGCGGGCGAAGGCUGUUCGCAGAGCUCCAGCUGCACCUGGAGCGCGACGGCGGCGCAGACAGAGCAGCGCUCUCGGCGCUGCUCACUGAGAUCCUGGGCAAUGCGCUAAGUCUCCCCAGCGGCUUGCGAGGCUCCGCGGCGGCGGAGGCGGAGGCGCGAGACGCGGCGACGGCUCCACGCGCUUUGUACCCGGGGGACGCGCGCGGGCGGCGAGCAGACGCGCACGAAAGCUGGGCGGUGUCUCCCUACGCCGUCCGCGGAUUCAUGAACGAACUUGAGACCGAGCCUGCGUUCGCUCGCCUUCUCGCGCGGGCGACUGUCGCGCUUUUUGACCAGGAGCGCGCAGCUCUCAAUGAGCUGGAGGAGUGGACCGCGCGCAUCGAAGAGCACGGUGACAAGAGCGAUUGGGCUGCCAUGUGCGCAGACAUGCCUGAGUCGCUCCGCGACGUCUUGGAGACGGAAGAGCCUGUGCGGCCUCUGGAUGAAGCUGUUCACUACGCACACGUCACCUUGAAGAAUGAACGAGAUCUGGCGCGCUACCGCCCCUCGGUCUUCUUCCUCGCGGGUUCGCCGUCGCUUCUCGAUUGCCCUCUUCGCACGCUCAGCCGGCUGUGCCGCAUCCGGGCGGCGCGGCAGUUUUCCCGCGGCUGCGUGGAGGAGGACGCGCUGGCGCUCGCCGUUCGCGCGUACCGCCUCGAGAGCCAGGGCGCGGCGGAGGGCUCGCGGGACACCGCUCCUGCACACGUGCUGGGCACGUGGCGGGACGACGAGGCGGCGCUGCAGACCGUUGAGGCCUCGUACGACAAGCUUGGCGGAAACGGCCAAGAAGACCUCUUCGACCAAAUGGCUUGCCAGCGAGCCGGAUGGCCUGCCAGAACUCUCGUCAUGGCCAUGUACAUGGCUCUCGGCGCCAAACAUCCUGCUGUGCAACGCAGCCGCGCAGAACUGGAAGUUUUGCUCGGCACCGACGGAUUCGUUCCCGUCAUCUUCCCGCAUACGCGUGCGCGAGCCGGUGGCAAGCCGAUUAUGAUGCGCGGCAAGAGCGGAAAGUGGCACUGGCUGGGUCCCUACUGGAAGCCGCCGUGGGCGCCGUCCAACAAAGUGCGCUGGCUGGCGGGACGGGAGGAGUGGAGCUGGUCUAACCCAGCCCGGUGA